UACCGUUUGCGUCAUCGAACUAUUCAUCUUCGGCUCUAUAAAAUGGGACGUACUUUGAAAGCAAGUUCAUAUCAAAAUUGUAUUCCUACUGAAAUACGUUGAAAUAAACGAGCUUCAAUAACACUAUUUAUUUCAAGUAAUAAGCAUGGAGUUAACGACGGCGUUAAUUUGCGGACUGCUGGUGGCGGUACUUGCGUUCCUCUGGCGGCUGCGGGAUCGCACACCCUCGGGCAGCCGUCUUCCCCCGGGGUCACUGGGUUGGCCGCUGAUAGGAGAGAGCAUCGCGUUUGCUUUGAACAAGACUGCAUUUUUCAAGAAGAGGCACGACAAAUAUGGUCAGAUCUUUAAAACACGUAUAUUCGGACGGAACGUCGUUCGGGUGUUCGGAAUGGACAACGUCCGGAAAGUCAUAUACGGAGAAAACCGAAUCGUCCGCUCAAGUUACCCGGCUUCAGUGCUUGCCCUGGUCGGGAACCAGUCUGUCUCCAUGAUGCACGGAGAAGAGCACAAAGAAAAGAAAAGACAACUCAUGAAGUUUCUGAACCCCGACUUCUUCAACAGCCACACGCCGGCUCUCUACCGUACAAUCAGCCAGCGCAUCCAGGAAUGGAAAGAGUCUCCGGCGAUCGAUCUCCACCACGAGUGCCGAAGGCUGUUCGUUAACCUGGCCGCCAAGUUUCUUAUCAACAUUGACAUUAGCGACGCGGCGGUUGCGGAACUUGCCGAGCAGCUUCAGAUCUUUAUGGAUAACAUGUUCUGUCUGCCUUGGAACAUCCCGGGGUUCGGUUUUUAUAAGGCAAUAAAGGCCAAAGAGCGCAUGCGUCAGAUCAUCGCCUCGUCUUUGACUCAGACCGAAAACAACAACAAAUCAGAAAUGGAGUUCUCGUCCGUGCUUCAAGGCCUUUGCUCAACCUCCGGGGAUGAUGACGUCAGCAAAAACGUCAUCUUGCUUGACUCAAUUAUCGAUCUGCUUUUUGCCGGCGCGGAGACUGUGACAUCCGCCGGAUUUUCAUUGGCUUAUCAGCUUGCCAAACACGAUGACGUCAUGGAUAAAUUACGACACGAAAUUGCGUCACUCGAUCUCAAGGACACGGAUGACGUCAUCAGCGCGCGUGACAUACAACCAAUGAAAUACGUAAAUGCAGUUGUCAAGGAGACGCUUAGAUUGCUGCCACCUGUCGGCGGUGCAUUCCGGACAGCACUAGAAUCUUUUGAACUUGAUGGUUUCACGAUUCCCAAAGGCUGGUCCGUAAGUUUCGGUAUCCGGGAUACACACAACCGGGACCCGGUAAUCAAUGACCCCAUGACCUUCAACCCUGACCAAUGGCUGACCAACACGGCGGACUCAUUCGCGUACCUGCCGUUCGGGGGCGGAGCCAGGGUGUGCCCUGGUCAAGCAUAUGCAAAAAUGAUCCUUAAACUAUUUACCGUAGAAUUUGCGCGGUCGUGUUCAAUAGACAUUGUUCAAGACAGCGACCUGUCUUUCUGGCCUACCCCUCGGCCGUCCGGUCAAAUGCUCGUAAGCAUCCGCAAGUGCUGAGAUCAAUACCAUGCUUGCCGCUGAGUGUCCGGAAGUGCUGAUGAGAAUUUCCGGCCAGAAACUGACACUUCACGAAUACUUCCGAUCUGUUAUUCGUGAACUUCCGGAAAUGCUGAUGAGACACACGAUUGCUCCCGAACCCUACCCAUAACAACUGAUUUGGUGUUUGAUAGUUUACGGAACGGAAACGAACGAAGAUAAAGUCUCCGUAAAUUACUGAAAAGCAACACUGUGAUAUUGCUAUCUCGCAUUCCAAGUUUAUGCCUUUGUUUAACCCAUUUAUGCCUAGUGGACUCUCCCAUCCUUCUAAAUUGGAUCAAUUUAUUUCUAAAAUUAGCGAUGUCUAGUAUAUUUAUUUCUAUAUUUAGAAUAUUCUUACAGAAAUUCCUUUACGCAAACAGCGCAGACCCUGAUGAGACGCCGCAUGAUGCCAAGUCCUUUUUUCUAGACGCUAGUCAUAAAUGGGUUAAUUAUAGGACACAUUCUUACGUUAUAAAAUAUCUUAUUAUAAAAUGACAGCAAUUAUUUAUGCUAAUCAAUAUUCUGUCAACUUUUUUGCUACAUUAAUAAUAUGACAACUGUAAUGAUUGUGUGAAAUUCUUAAAUAUUAUUCAAUUUAUUUAACAUGCCACUCAUUUAAAAACUUUGGCGCACAGCAUUUCAGGUUUGAAAUCACUUGUUAGUCAAAAGGUAAACCAAAGACAAACAGAAAACAGAUUUAACAUGUCUGUUACAGUGAAUAUCGACAUAAUAUUUACACCACACUUUUUUUUUAUUUCCAUGUAUACUUUUUUGGAUCAUUUUCACUAUUUUGGCAUCCAAUGCCAACAUUAUGUCAUACGUAUGUACAUAUAGAAUUGUUAUCGAAUUGUUUAACAUUUUAUUUAUAUUGAUUAUGAUUUGUGCCAUUGUGUACGUAUUUCCCAUAUAACGGGUACGGUUAUUUCCACAAAUUGCAAAUGUAAAAUGUUUUAUUUAUUAAAUAUACUAUCUAUGUGAAUUCGAUGUGCCAUGUUUA